ACUAUUCCAAACAUAUCAAAUACUUUGUCCAAUACUACCACGGUGCUGUUUGCGUGACCCAAAGCCAUUGAUUGUUUGAUCAAGAGUCGUCUCUGCACGAUCGGCGAGUUUCCCUAAACAGAACGCGCCUGGGCCACGUGCCCUUGCGCAGUAAAGCAGAAAUGGUCGAACAGCUGAAGGCCGCGCUUGUGGCGUUCUUCGGCCAGGACCCAGCGCAGCAGCACGCGGCAAACCUCUGGCUAAACAACUUUUCACCGACAUCUGAAGCAUGGGGAGCAGCGCUAGCGCUCAUCGAGCCGGGAAGUGGCGCGACGUUGGAGCAGGCUUUCUUCGCGGCCAACAUGCUCGCGACCAAGACGCGCAACGAGUGGGGCCGACUGAGCCCACAGCAGCGUGCUGAACUUACAGAGGCAUACUUGGCCAAGCUGCGGGGACUGGUGCUGGCUCCGGGGGCCGGCCCCGCCGCCGCCGCCGCCGCCCCCACGGCACUGGUGGACCGGCUCAGCCUGCUGGCGGCCAGUGCGGCGGCGCUGGGGGGUGCGGGCCCGGCGGGUCGGUACCUGGGGCUGGCGCACGAGGCGGCGGUGGCGGGCCGGGCGGCGCUGGCGGGGGGGCAGCCGGGGUCGGCGGAGCAGGCUGGCGGUGAGGCGCUGCUGCGGCUGUCGCUGCUCAUGCUGCAGCAGCUGGCGGAGGAGGCGGACGAGCUGGACAGUAACGCACCUCCCCACCGCAGGCCCCGGCGCCAAUCGCUGGUGGUGGGGGACGCGGCGGCGGGCGGGGCGGGCGGCCUGGCGGCUCAGCGGGCGGGUGUGGUGGGGCUGGUGCGGGAGGUGCUGAGCAGCUGCGGCGGCGCGGGCGCAGGCGGGGGCGACGCGGCGGGGGCCGGCGGCGCAGCGGCCGGGCAGCAGCAGCAGCCGCCGCUGCGGCUGGGUCUGCUGGCGGCGGCGGUGCGGUGUGGCGGCGCCUGGGUGCGGCUGGACGACAGUGGCGCGGCGGGGUGCGGCAUGUCGCCCGGCGAGCUGGAGGCCAUGUCUCCGGGCCUGCUGCCGGCGCUGCUGGGUCUGCUGGCACUCCGGCCGCCCGGCUGCGGCUCCCACCAGCACCCGCCCUCGCGGCAGCACACGCCCGGCAGCACGCCCCAUGCACCCGCCGCCUCCUCCGGGCCAGGCGGCCAGGGGCAGCAGCAGCAGCAGCAGCAGCAGCAGCAGCAGCAGCAGCUGGCGGCGCUGCACCAGGCGGUGGGGGACCUGGCGACGGACCUGUUGGGACCCGGCGGCCGCACAGCGGCGGCGGCGGCGGGCGGCGAGGCGGCGGACGUGGCGGCGGCCGCAGCCGCCGUGCAGGCGCUGGUGGUCCUGGUGGCACAGCUGGGGCCGGCGGCGGCAGCAGAGGCGGCGGCGGCGGCGGCACAGGGGCUGGGAACGGCGUUGGAGCCGCCGCCGGGGGUGGGCGCGCUGACGGUGGUGGUGCGGGUGGCGGGCGCGGUGGCUGAGCGCAAUGCGGGGGAGCUGGCGACGGGGGGGCCGGCGGCGGCGGGCGGGCCGGGCGGCUGUGAGCUGGCGGUGCAGCUGGCGCAGGCGGUGCUGGCGGCACUGGGCGCGUGCCCCUCUCACCUGCCCCUGGCCGAGUCCGCCUGCGACUACUUCCUGGCGCUCAACUGCACACCCACCGCCGCCCGCCACCCCGCACUGGGCGGCGGCGGGCCGGGCGGGCUGUGGCCGGCGCUGCUGGGGCCGCUGCUGGGCGCGGCGGCCUACCCGCCCGGCUUCGUGAGCUGGGAGGAGGAGGCGGAGGUGGACGAGGAGGCGUUCCACAGGUUCCGCGAGCAGCAGGCCGCCGACCUGCUGGAGUCCAUGUACGGCCAGUGCCGCACCGCCCUGGUGGCGCAGCUGGUGGAGGGAGCCGCCAGACCGCCAGCAGCAGCAGCAGCAGCAGCAGCAGCAGCAGCAGCAGCAGGCGGCGGCGGCGGGCAUGGGGGCAUGAACGGCGGCGGCCAUGGGGCGGCGGGCGGGCCGGGCGCCAGCGGUGGCGGUGGUGCGGGUGGUGGUGGGGACGGUGUGUGGCGGCGGGUGGAGGCGGCGUUGUUCUGCAUGCGGGCAAUCCACCUGCCCAUCAAGGCUGCGGCUCUGGGCGGGCGGGCGGGUGAGCUGGACACACCGGCGGCCGCGGCGCAGGCGGCGGAGCUGCAGGCGCUGCUGGGUCGCCUGUUUGCGGAUGUGUGCUCGCCGACCGGCCACGUGUACGGGCUGCUGCCGCACCCCUGGCUGUGCGCCUCCGCCUGCCGCCUCAUUGCCGACUACGCCGCCUGGUUCGGCAAGGCGCCCGACGCGCCGCUGCAGCCGGCCCUGGCGCUGCUUCUUCAAGCUCUGUCAGUGAGGCCGGCCGCGGCAGCGGCAUCCCAGGCGUUCCGCAACCUGUGUGUCCGCGGCGCCGACCGCCUCACCGCCGACCCCGCCACCCUGCCCGCACUGGCAGCCGCCGCCAUGGCCGCAGUGGCGCCGCCGCCCGCGCCCGGCGUCAACGGCGGCGUGGCGGCGGCGGUGGCCCUGGAGCCGGAGCAGCGGGCGGCGGUGGUGGAGGGGCUGGCGCGGCUGGCGGCGUCGCUGCCGGCGGCUCAGGGCGCGGAGGCGGGCAAGGCGCUCAUGGCGCCGUGUGUGGCGAGGGCGCAGAGCAUUGCCACGGCGGCGGCGGCGUCGUCAGGCGGGCGGCUGUCCCCCGCCGCGCUGUCGGCACUGGCUGCCGAGCUGGGGCUCAUGUCGGCGGUGGUGCGCUUCCUGGAGUUCCCACAGUUCGCACAGGCGGCGGCGGCGGGCGGAGAGGCGGCGGCGGCGGCAGCGGCGGAGGCGCACCCCGCGCUGCAGGUGCUGCAGGUGGCCUGGCCGGUGCUGGCGGCGGUGGCGGCGGAGCCCCAGUGCGGCGCCGACCCGGGCGUGGCGGAGGCGCUGUGCGAGCUGUACAAGCGCUCGCUGCUGUGUGCCAAGGCUGCGGGGCGGCUGCUGCUGCCGCCGCUGCUGGGCUCGCUGGGCAGCCUGCUGGCGGCGCGCCCGCACGCGGCGGUGCUGGACGUGCUGGCGGCGGCGCUGGAGCUGUUCGGCGACUGCAGCGGACCCGGCCACUCGCCCGAGGCGGCGGCGCUGGUGGCGGGCGCGCUGGAGGGGUGCGGCGGCGUGAUGGGGCGGCUGAUGGCGGCGCACACGGCGGCGCUGGCGGCCAAGCUGCAGCAUGACGACGAGGCCGCCGCCAACGCCGCCGCCGCCGCCGCGCUGUCUGCCUUUCCCUCCUCCUCCUCCCCCGGCGAGCUGGCCGCGGGCUUCUUCGCGCUGGCGGACCGGGCGCUGCUGUUCGCGCGGCCGCUGCUGCUGCGGGCGGCGUGCCUGCCCGGGUGCCUGGAGUGGGCGUGCGGGGUGCUGACCACCAUGCGCGAGCGCGAGCCCGUGUCCGCCGCCCUGUCCUGGCUCACGCACCUGCUGUCCGCCGCCAGCCGGGCUGCGCAGGAGGCGGCGCAGGCGGCGGCGGGGCAGGGCGGCGCGGGCGGGCAGCCGGACAUGGCGCCGGAGCUGAGGGCCAGGCUGGACGCACUGCUGCUGUCCGCCGGCCCCGGCCUGACGUGUGCACUGCUGGUGGCGGGCACCGACACCUGCCCGCGCACCCUCAUGAGGCCGCUGGCGGGCGCCCUGCACGGCCUCAUGCAGCUGGCGGCGGCGGGGGCGGGGGCAGGGGCAGGGGGGGCGGACACGCCGCUGCGGGCCGCGCUGCCGGGCUGGCUGCGGGAGGCGUGGAGCGCACACAAGCCGCUGGCAGACCUGGUGUCUGGCGGCCGGGUGGGCGAGGGCGGCCGCCACGCGGUGCGCUUCACGCAGCUGCUGCUGGCGACUGCGGCCUACCCGCCCCAGGUGCUGGCGCAGUGGGCGCCGGCAGGGGCAGGGGCAGGGGCAGGGGCAGGGGCCGCACCCCAGCUGCCUCCGCUGCAGGCGCUGCCGCGCGGGCGCCUGGACUGCCUGGUGGCGGACUUCUGCGGGCUGGCUCGGGGCGAGGCCAGCGAGGACGUCAUGGUGGCAUACGACAUGUAGGGGCGGGAGGGGGAGGGAGGGGGAGAGGGAGGAGGUGGAGCCGUGGAGGAGGAGUGAGAGGAAGAUGGGGGGGAGAUGGUGUGUGUGUGUUAGUUGGUCAGCAAUAGGGGUGGGGGUCCACGCAGUGACGUGGCAGUGCGAGUGACCAGCGAGGCAGUGAGUAAUGAGCGAGUGACUAAAGGAGAUAAGAGAGUUGAGGGAGACGCUCGCGAGGGAAAUAGGUAAGGAGGGUAGGAAGAGUGCCUCAGAAAGAGAGGUUGGCAAGGAUGGCGGGCAAGCAGGAUGCGUGUGGCCAUUUCGGAAAGCACAGUGAGCGCGGUUGGGCCUGGGCUGCCGAGUAGGGGUGCCGACUGGCCGUACCGCACUUCACUGCACUUGAGGGCUGUCGGCACGUGUGAGCAGACGUAGGGUGGGCCGUGCUCUCGCUUUGGGAGUGUCAGGGCGAGCAAUGGAGAGCAGUAGCGGCGUGCUUGCGAGUAACGCGGUUGUGUUGGGUGACGCUAUCGGGUUAGCCCGAUUGCUGCUGCAGGAUGUCCGGGCGUCCUAGUGUGUGCUUGGAUGGGCUGUCGACGGUUUGGAACUUGGAACCCAGGUGGCGGCGGCAGAUAGCAGAGCUCAAGGGCGAGUGACGAGCCCAGGCCAACACGGCCCUGUACCGCCCUGCAGGCCCUGGCGCUUGCACCUGCACACGGCGGCCGCACACAGUGACUCCACACAGGCGGACUGACUCAGUCACGGGCAGCUUCGCAGGAGGAUCGCUGGCAAUAGGUUACGUCUGUCUGACGAGCGUGAAAGCGGUGUGUGAGCAACUGGCUGGUCGCAGCGCAGACAGUACACAACCGUACACAAGCACUUGAUGAGGGGGCGCUAAUGCAGCCAAGCUGGGCUGGGGUCCCGACUUUUUGCAUAUUGUUGAAAGCCUGUUUGACGUAUGGAAGGAUAUGCCGACACCACUGCGCAACCAACGCGCAAGGGAGCAAGUACUUUGGUUGCUUUCUAAGCCGCUGCCAGAGGCUGAGCUUAUUAGCGCAUACAGGAAAAGAAUGAUGGCUUCCUGGGCCCACGAUCGGUUGAUUACACCACCUGAGACGUUUCCGUCUGAUUCCUUGCACCCCGGGCUGCAUAUGUCCAAAUACAAGCACUGGAUGGGGCUCAGUUUUGAGCGAGCGGCGCCACCCAUGCACCCACCCCACGCCCACUGUUUUAUCCCUUUUGAAGCACACAGAUGCCUUAUGAGGUUUCGGCUUUGCUGUUGGCCGAUUGCAGCUAAUAGAGACCACCAUUUACCUAGAAAUGCCAGGCUUUGCCCCCUCUGCAACAAAGGAGUAGAGGAUGAACGGCAUGUUUUACUUGAGUGUGAAGCGUACACGUGUGUCAGAUCAACGUACGGUAUCAGUUCUGAUUCAAUGAAGCAGGUUAUGCAAAGUGCUGACCAAUUUAAGUUGGCUAGCUGCGUACGUGAUAUUUGGUCUAAGCGCUGUCUUUUGAUUAGGCAGCACCACGACGGUGCACAUGGUGUGCAAGAUGCAACUAACAAUCCAGUUCCAGGAGACGAG